AAUGUUAACCAAACAGUGUAUAACUGAACAACACAUUCUUGGCCUGGAUGAGUAAAGCAGUGUGCAAAGUCUUUGCUGAUUCAGAACAAAGUUAACUGGUUUGUUUAAUUCUUCUGUGGACAUGUAGGGGUAAGGGUGUUAUGGUUUUGAAAGAGGAGGACAUCAGUUUCGGGAACCAACUUGUUGUUAGAGGGGGGAAAAGGCUUUUUGGAGAACUUUUCUUGAAAGUUUGGAGAAAAUGGGACAAGAGGAAGGAGUGCGGUUCAGAAUGCUGAAGAAGGCCAAGUCGUUUCGAAAUGACAUAAAGGACAGGAUCAGCGGCCAUAUUAAAAGAAGCCAUUCCAAUGCAACAGAAGUUCCCACUUCUCCCACAAAAACUGCCAAAGGUGCUAAAACCAAAUCUGUUGCUCGGACGGGGAGUUUUAGUGAAGGAACCAAAACAGACAAGCAAUGGAAACAAAGCAAUGUAGAAAAGCUCAAGCAGGAGUCAAAGAAGGUGUUCCAGUACCUGGGGUACCUGGAGAAGGCGGUGGUCAAGGGGGUGAUGAUUCAACAGAUUCCUGAGGCGGUGACGGUGGUGUUGGAGGCUGUGAUGGAUCUCAGUUCUCUCCUUGGAACCUACUUUAUAAAUCAAGACAGUUCUGUCCUUUUGUCCAGUCAGAACAAAGUAUACCAGAAGCUGGCACAACUGGUCAAGUGGGCAGACACCUUCAUCCUCAAUGAGGAACAGCCGCUGAAUAAAGAUGGCGCUGCUGAAAUCAUCAAAGCUGUCAGUGAUGCACUGAAGGAGUGGGUUCAGAUUUCAUCUGACAAGCUCCAAAACAAGUCGUACUUAUCUCUUCCAAAGUCUGCAGGAUCCAGAGGUUCUUCUACUAGUAACCCUGAAAGCCCAGGUAGAACCUCUCUCCCAGACAUCCCACUCACUCCAAGGGAAAGAGAAAUUCUAGAACAGACUAACAUGGGAGAUUACGAUAACAACUUUGGUUUUAAAGACUCAGACAUCUAUGGAAACAACAACACACUUCUUCCAGGGGCACCGCCUCCAAAACCACCGCUUCCUGAAAACAGAGUUUCUCCACUGAUGAAUAGAAGUUCAGCACACAGUAUGGACUCCCCUGAAACAGAAGGGGAGACCCCUCCUCCUCUUCCAAGAAAGAAGCGCUCAAAUUCAAAUGUAAUGGAGUAUAACCCGUCACAAGGGGGAUCUUCAUCUACGCCUAUCUCACACCGUUCUCCACAUAGCAGUAUUUUUGGGGGCACAACAAGCACAACUACUCUUGACUCUUUAAAUCUGAGUCCUCCAUUUUUGUCUCCGCUUAGUACUUCACCAGCAAGUAGUGUAGGAUCUGGUUUGAAUCAGUCGCGAGAGGAUUUGUUAGACAGUAGUAAAUCUGAGGAAAACCUAAUGGAAGGAUUUACACAGGCACAUUUCAUUCAUCACACAGCAUCUUGGUCAAGCUCUACUAGUACAACUUCAGGAGGAGGAGGUAUUGACGAUAUAAAUGAAUUAACGAAAAAAAUUCAGUCUCUAACUACUGGGAUAGAACAACCCCCUCCUCUUCCAGAAAAGAGAAACAGUGCUUCAGCAACCAGGACGAGAUAUCCAUCAGAUUAUGACAAUGUAGAUCCAGGGACUGUCUUGGUUCCAGUAGUGACAUCUACAGUUACUGCAGUAUCGUCUGCUACAGGGGUAGCUCAAAUGAAGACAUCCCAGAGCACUGCUUCUUACACUAGUUUUCAGCAAAAGGCAAUGUACUCCAAAUCUGCUCAAUUCACCACAUCACAAGGGUCCUUCUCUAGUACAGAGACAUCUUCCAUAGGGACCCUUUCCAGCACAGAGAGUUCUCAAAGUUUACAAAAACCCCCACCACUUCCGCCAAAGAAAAGACAUGUUGAGGCGUACAUGCAGAUGUUUGGCAACUAUUCCCACCCUACAUCCCACCAUGACUUCACACGGCACUCUGUACACUCCGAGAACUACUACCAGAGUCAGUGGUAUCAACACCAGAUGGAGCUGUUUCACCCUCGCUCUCAUACCAUGAGCCUGAUAUCUGACCUGACGCGGCCGGAGUCGGAUCUUUUCUCAAUUGGCAGUGGAGCCUCGGUUGACGACCUGCUCAGUCUCCAUGUACCAGCCCUCCCACCCAAACUACGAACCUUGAGACAGAAGUCUGGUAGAAAUAACACAACCUUCACCACCGACUCGGGGACGUCUGACACUUCCUCUUUCAUGGACUCUGUCAGCACAACAGGGUCCUUUGAUGACACUACGAGUUUGGGAACUGAAAGCCUUAGAUCUGAUAGUCUGAGGUCUGAUAGUCUAAGAUCUGAUAGUAUUCGUUCUGAUAGUUUAGGCCCUCCAAGUACAGUUGUUGAGUCAGAGCCAGCUAAAUUUUUACUCCCACCAAAAACCAAAGAGCCUGAGUCAUCCACACCAGAGAAAGACACAGACUCGGACUUUGCAGAACUAAACCCCCUUGAUGAUGUGGAUGUCUCUGACCAGCUGGUUAGGAAGAAAAAGGGUGAAUCUGGUCCUGAAAUCCGUGGAGGAUCGGUAGAUGCUUUGGUUGUUCAUGCUACGGCUGCAGGCAAACAUGAGAGUGGGAUAGAAUGUGACGAUGACCCAGAUUUUAUGUAUCAAGAAGCAUUCCUUACCACCUACAGAACUUUUAUCUCUCCUGAUGAUCUCAUCAACAAGCUGCUCUAUAGAUACCAGAAGUUUGCCAAUAUGUCAGAUACAGGAAAGAAACGUCUUUCAAGGAACGCGUUUUCACUUCUAGUCAGAGUAGUAGAUGAGUUAUGUGGUAGUGAGCUAAAUGAGCAGUGCAUCCAGACACUGCUGGACCAGGUCUGUCAGCUCCUGUGUGACGGGGAACUCAUGCUGGCACGUAUUCUGAGGAAGAAGGCUCUUGAGAAGGUGGAGACCAGAAAACUGCAUCAGAUAACACAUCACAUGUCAUCACUGACGUCGCAUAGUCUAACUUCAAGACCCAUGCACCUGACCCUGUUCAAGUCACAAGACAUAGCAGAGCAGAUGACACUGAUGGAUGCAGAGCUCUUCCAGAGGAUAGAGAUCCCAGAGAUGUUAAGAUGGUCCAGAGAGCAGUCUGAGGAAAGUUGUCCCAAUCUUACGGAGUUCACAGAACAUUUCAACAAGAUGUCAUACUGGUGUAGGUCUCUGAUACUGAAACAGGAGGACCCCAGAGAGAGAGAGAGAUAUUUUAUCAAGUUCAUCAAAAUUAUGAAGUAUCUGAGAAAAUAUAACAACUUCAACUCUUACCUGGCCCUCCUCUCGGCUGUGGAUUCUGCUCCAAUCAGACGGCUGGAAUGGCAGCGACAAAACAUGGAUGCCCUGAAGGAAUUUUGUGAACUGAUUGAUAGCUCGUCCUCAUUCAAAGCGUACAGGCAGGCCCUUGCAGAGACUGAGCCUCCCUGCAUCCCUUACAUGUGA